CACCACAAAAGCGACAGCACUGAAUGGCUACUACAUCCCCAAGGACACCUGUGUGUUUAUCAACCAGUGGCAAGUGAACCAUGAUGAGAACCUUUGGAAGGAUCCCUCAGCCUUCAAGCCUGAGAGGUUUCUCAACGCUGCAGGGACUGAGGUAAACAAGAUGGAGAGUGAAAAGGUGUUGUCUUUCGGCCUGGGGAAGAGGCGAUGCAUCGGGGAGACCAUAGGCCGCUGGGAGAUCUUCCUCUUCCUCACCACCCUGCUGCAGCAGCUGGAGUUCAGCCUCCGUCCUGGUGAUGAGGUGGACAUCACUCCUCAGUAUGGACUGACCAUGAAGUACAAGAAGUGUGAGAGCUUCCAGAUCAAGCAGCGCUUUCCCAUGAACAACUCUUCAUAA